AUGAGCCUCGACACUGUUGCAUACAUCCUCGCCGCCCUGACCGCCGGCGGUGGUACUACUGGCUACGUUAGAACUGGCUCUGUUCCCUCCAUCGCUGCCGGUGUCUCCGUCGGCGCCCUCUACGCUCUCGGUGGCUACCGCAUCUCCAACCGCCAACCUUACGGUGUCGAGCUGGCUCUGCUGGCCAGUGUCGUUCUCGCUGGAAGCAGUGUCCCUAGAGCCAUGAAGUCCGGAAAGCCCCUUCCCAUUGGCCUGAGUCUUCUUGCUGCCUAUGGUCUCUACAGCUUCGGCUCUGCUUGGUCUUCCAGAAUCCGUUAA